UUUAUUGAUAACAUUCAUGGAAUAAACGUCAAAUGAUAAAAAUUGACACAAUUGACCUAGCAUAGCCCUCUAUGAAUUGAUGAGUGCGAACGGAAUGUAUAAAUUGUUAAAACAACUAUCAAAAGUUAACAGCUUGCACUGCAUUUCCAAGCCUAACCUAUAUGGUAACUCUAUAGGACUACUCAUAUCUCGUAAUUUCAACACAAGUGGCACCAUGUUUAAGGCAUCAGUGUUUAAUCUUCAAGAAGCAUCAAAAGAUCAAGUUCAAGAAUUCUUGAACUCAUUUGAUACAGUUUUGACUGAUUGUGACGGUGUGCUAUGGAUUGACAAUAAUGCUAUCCCGGGCUCAGCAGAUGCAAUGAAUUUAUUUAGAAAGUUGGGAAAGAAAAUAUUUUAUGUGACAAAUAAUUCAACUAAAGUCCGUAGCGAUUUUGCUAUCAAAGCUCAGCAACUAGGCUUUAUAGCAAGUCAGGAGGAAAUUCUGUCCACUGCUUAUUUAGUUGCUCAUUACCUAAAGGGAAUCGGAUUUACGAAAAAGGUGUAUUUGAUAGGUUCUAAUGGAAUAGGUGAGGAACUGAAAGCUGUUGGUAUUAGACAUUAUGGAAUAGGGCCGGAUCCUGUAAAGCCAGAUUUUAAGUCUAUGCAGCCAGCAGAAUUGGAUCCAGAAGUAGGAGCAGUAGUUGUGGGCUUUGAUGAGCAUGUUAGUUACCCGAAGUUUAUGAAGGCGGCGUCAUACCUCGCGUCAGAAGAGUGUUUAUUCAUUGGCACUAACACUGAUGAGAGGUUCCCCAAGGGAGGUUCUAUUGUUGUACCAGGAACUGGUACCUUAGUCAGAGCGGUGGAAACAUGUUCCGAGCGUAAAGCUUUAGUUGUUGGGAAGCCCCACAGCUAUGUCAUGAAGUAUUUAGAGUCGUGCGGUCUCAAUCCGGCGAGGACUUUGAUGAUUGGAGAUAGAUGUAACACUGAUAUAGAGUUGGGCGUGCGGUGUGGCUUCCAAACCCUCCUCGUGUUAUCAGGUGUCACUUCCACUAAAGACUUGGAAAAACUUCGCAAUGAGAAGGUGCCGCCGUUACCAGACGUCGUCUUAACCAAAUUAGGAGAUCUGCUCAAUCUUUUGGACCAGCAUAGCUUAAUGUAGUACAAUUAAAAGCCAAUUACAGUAGAAUGUUCAAUGCAUAGGUCAAUUCUAGAGAUAAAUGUUGUAUAGUUUAACCAGCGUUAGGGUCACUGACACCCCAGGUAAAAAUAUUGUGGCGCUCACGUAAGGCAAUAAUCAGGUGUAUUUUUUUACUCUUCCAAUGCGAACGUAGACGUAUUAGGAAUUUCCUAAUUUUGUAUAUGUUUUUUUUGCACAUUUACAUUUAUAUUUUUG